CAAAUUUGGAACCAGCUGAUCAGUGAAAUCCUGGUUGUAUACAUUGUUCACCUGCAAGUUGUGGCUGGCAAUUAACCUCAAGAGAACUUCGAGGCAUAGAACUCUACCAACGUGGUUAAUUUGUUACAAUGGCAGAAAAAUAACCUGAUCCAGACUUUGAGUGAGCAGCAUAAUUCUAUGUACUUAACCUGUCUAGCCUGUCGCCACCUGUACUUUCUCUGGAUGACGAUGGCUGCUGGAAAUAUUACUUCUGAAAUGCAAAUGUCCUUGAAUGACCUGACUAUGGAAUUGCAAUCACUUGGCCUAAAGCCCACAUUUAACAGUUGCCGCAAUACAAUGGAGCUGAGUGAUUGUCUUUUAAGUACUUCAUGGGCAUUAAUCAAUUUAGUACACUGUGGCGCAAUGGGUCUCCAUGAGAGCAAGCAUGCAUCAGACAGGGAAGCAUUGUUACUCAGUGAGAAAGAAUCUUUGGAAUCUAAAUUGGGUCAACUGAGAAGUCAAAUUGACUCCAAGGAGAAGUUGCUGGCUAAGAAGGAAAUCACCCUCUUAAAAAUUGAAGCUGAUCAAAAAAAUCUGAGAGACACUAUCAAAAAGCAGAAACAUGAGAUUGCAGAGUUACUGGCCCGACUGGAAAUACAAGAGAGAGACUUCAAACAUGACAGUAGAAAACAGGAAGCACAAUUUGAUGCGUUGAGGGAGAAAGUUCGGAAGUCUAUUGGUGUAGGUAUGCUCAAGUAUCAGCAUCCAGUCUGUGUUGAAAGAGUCAGUUCAGGUCUUGGAUCUUUGGAGAUUCAAGACAGGGCACCUGAUGAAACUAUACUGCUACAAUCAACUCUCCAAAGGCUGAAAGCAGUGAACUGCAUUCUUGUUGAUGAAAAUCUGAUGCUUAGAAAUGCUUUAAAAUUAAUUUAUAAUGAUGUGUCUGUAAUUCUAAGCAUGGCAGAUGAGAUCCAGGGAACUGGAUCUAACAAAAUUCAAGACUCAUUCCCAGAACAUCUUUUUCAACUGCCUUUGGCCUAUUGCAUGAAGAAGUUAACAACUAUGCGCGAGGAACAAAUCCAGAAGUUGCAUAAUAAAAUGAAAAGUGGACCUUGCUCAAAAUGUUCAGAUAGAAUAAAUUAAUGUUCAAAUGUUUAAUAUCCCAAAAUAAAUUAAAUGGAUGAUAAAGCCA